GUGGGGGUGUCGAGCCGAAACACCGGCUGAUUGGUAACCUGUCACGCAUGUGGAGUGAAAGGAGGGCGGUCAACAAAGGGGCAUUAGGGCAGAGUGUGUUGCACAACAUCAGUCAAAGCUUCCUUUGUGCUGGUUGAAUGACCAGUUGAGCAAACAGGUAACCAGCAGCACCAGCAGCCCAGUGUCACACGGUCGGGAGGAACAACUGAAUGAGCUGUGGGUUGGUGGCGUUUCUCGGGAUUUAGCCGCUGCUAACCCGGGUCUGUCCGGGCCUUUGUGAUUGGCUGCUCCCACAGCGCUGCAGGGAGACUUUCACACACGUGCCGCAUAUUCCUGAUCUCCUCUGUGGAUACGUGCAGCUGUCAGGUGCGCACAAAGCUUCUGUCAACAGGAAUGUCAGCUGCUGAGGCUUUUGUGACCCUUGCCACCACAGACUCUUACUGCAUGGGAGCCGCUGUAGUGGCCAGAAGUCUGCGGCGGCAUGGAACAACUCGCCACAUAGUUGCCAUGAUCACACCAAAUGUCUCUGAGCAGUCAAGACUCGCCCUUGAAGAUGUGUUUGAUGAAGUGAUUGUGGUGGAUGUGAUGGACAGUGAAGAUUACCACCACUUGUCCUUGCUGGGACGUCCUGAGCUCGGUAUCACUUUCACUAAGAUCCACUGCUGGACUCUGACACAGUAUAGCAAAUGCGUCUUUCUGGAUGCCGACACUCUGGUGCUGUGUAACGUGGACGAGCUGUUUGACAGGGACGAGCUGUCAGCCGCUCCUGAUCCCGGCUGGCCCGACUGUUUCAACUCAGGAGUGUUUGUCUUCAGACCGUCCCUGCACACUCACACCAGACUGCUGGAUCACACCAGUCGCCACGGCAGCUUUGAUGGAGGAGACCAAGGACUGUUGAACUCUUUCUUCAGUAGCUGGUCAGUGGAAGACCUCAGUAAACACCUGCCGUUUGUUUACAACCUCAGUGCCAGCUCGGUCUACAGCUACCUUCCUGCUUUCCAACAGUUUGGCCACAAUGCAAAGAUCAUCCACUUCCUUGGAGCAGACAAACCCUGGAACUCGCAGGGAAACAGCAGCUACUCACACAACAUGGAGCAGUUUGUGUCUCUGUGGUGGAAGGAAUACCUUAUUCACACAGUGUCAUCUGCUCCAGUUGUCCAGCCCAAGCAAGAGCAGGAGAAACCACAACAGAUCCAAGAAAGAGAAGCCAAGAUGCCGUUUACAGAAAACUUGGACACCUCGAAUUCACUGCUUGCACAUUUUUCUCCUCCUCCUCCUCCUCCUCCUCCAGAGUACCUUUAUUCACAGUCUGAACCAGCUGUGUGUUCCCACACAGAUGGCACACAGUUGGAGAAGGAGUCGAGAUCGUCUGAGGAGUCAGAAGCUGAGGAUCCACCUUUGGGGGCAGAAGGCUCUGAAAGCAGUGACGUUCCUGCAGACACGGCUGCUGAUCCCACACCUGCAGACACUGAGCCGCUGGAUCACCGCAGGCUGUGGGAGAUGGGACAGGUGGACUACCUCGGCAGAGAUGCCUUUCAAAACAUCCAAAGGAUGCUGGACCGCUUUUUGGAUUAAAAAAUGUCAAACUUCAUCAGCCUUAGUGUUUCCAUGUUCUGUAGUGUGGUUACUAAAAUGCUGGGGUUUGACAGUUUGCAUGCCUUAAUACAUAGAAGGGCACACAAGUAUUUGUAAAAACUGAAGUUACACACAGUAACACGCUUUUUACCUGUUUACAUACUGAUUUAUUUAUUUGAGCAGUCUGAUAGACAUCUACAUCGUUCAUAGAUGGUUUGGUUUUGUUUUUAAAGUACCUUCCCAGUGCUGCUUAUUACUAGAUGGCCCAGUCAGGACAGAGGAGAGCUAGUACCUGUUUUAGUUUCUGUAGUUUUCUUUUCUUUUUGUUUUAUUAACCUGUGCUUUCUUGGUAUUGUGCUGGAUUAGUCUUCAUCAUUCUCGGACAAUGACCACAGGCCAAAACCUGUUGGUCAAGGAUCAAAGCUGUUCUUUAUACUCCAAGUGUUCUUUGGACCCUUGUUUUUCUCCAUGCACCUUGGAAGUAGGUGACGCUGUCGCAGGAACAGCCUUUGUGCUGGAAGUGGCAAAUGCAAAAUUAAUAUUGCAUGUGAGAAUCACAAAAAUAUGAUAUAGAUAGUUUAAUUGGAAACUUUAAAUUGCCCAUAGGUGUGAAUGUGGAAGUGAAUGUGAGUACAAAUGGUUGUCUCCUGUCUAUAUGUU